CACGAAUGAAACGGUUCGUCAGGCCCGUGCUUCAAUCCUCACGCUUUUUCGAGCCAGUUGUCUCCCCAUUACAAGCCAGGCGUGGAUUGCGACUCGUUACGAACAUGGCGACCUCAAAUGCGGCUAAUGGCAAGCAGACAACAUGGCAUGGGGCGGGCGCAGCCGAGUUCGAUCUGCGAAGUGAUACUAUGACCAAGCCCACGCCGUCCAUGCUUGAAGCGAUCUGUCAGACAACACUCCUAGACGAUGUUUUCGAGGAGGACCCCGUCACGAACGAACUGCAAAACUAUGUUGCUAAGCGGACCAACCACGAGGCUGCGCUAUUGGUUAUGUCGGGUACAAUGGGCAACCAGGUCGCCAUUCGCACACACCUGACCGAGCCUCCAUACUCUGUCGUUUGCGAUUACCGUUCCCACAUUAUCUGCUAUGAAGCGGGGGGUGUCAGCGCAUGGACUGGGGCUACGGUGAUCCCGGUCAUUCCCAAGAAUAACACCUAUCUUACACUCGAGGAUGUUCAAAAGAAAGUGGUAAUCAGCAAAGAUGUCCACACGUGCCCCACAAAGUUGAUCAGCCUCGAAAACACAUUAGACGGAAUGAUCAUGCCGUUAGAGGAAGCUCGCAGGAUUACAGAAUGGGCGCACGAAAAUGGGAUCAAGGUACACCUCGACGGUGCUAGGUUGUGGGAAGCCGUUGUUUCCGGGGCAGGCAGCUUGCCCGAAUACAGCAGCCUCUUCGACAGUAUCAGUCUAUGCUUUUCGAAAGGCUUAGGCGCUCCCAUUGGUAGCAUCAUAGUCGGCUCGGAACUUUUCAUAAAGAAGGCGCGUUGGUUCCGCAAGUCAAUUGGAGGAGGCGCCCGCCAAACCGGUGUGCUAGCUGCAGCCGCAAGGGUUGCCCUUGAUGAGACUUUUGGGUUAGAUCCCUCCGGCAAGGAUGGGAAGCUGCGAGAGACCCAUAUCAAGGCGAAGCGCGUCGCGGACAUGUGGACGAAGCGUGGAGGAAAACUAGCCUAUCCGGUCCAAACUAAUAUGGUAUGGUUGGAUACUGAGGCAUCCGGCCUUGGACCGAAUGACCUAGCAGAAACCGGAAAAGAGAAAGGAUUGAAGCUCCUGGGCCACAGGAUUGUUAUCCAUUAUCAGGUAUCAGAAGAUGCAAUCGACCGCCUUGAGCAGGUGUUUGACUUGGUAUUGACAGGCCAGCACCAACAAAGUACUGACACCAGCAAGCCUUAUGGUAGCCGAUAA